GGCGCCCCUGGACCAGAGCACGUGAAGGGCAUGAGGGCUCCUGCCUGAGCGGGGAGGGCAGCGCCGGGGCGGGCGAGGGAGGAGGAAGUCAGAGCUGUGGCUCUGUGGUGUGGCUUCCCCCCAGCUCCGAGCUAGCCUUGCCUCAGGGGGGUGGGAGCAGAGAGAGAAAAGAGCAGCCGAUGCCAGCUCCCAACAUGACAGAAACCCUGCGGCUCCCAGCGCUGCAAGUCCCCGAGCAGCAGCAGCAGCAGCAGCAGCAGCAGCAGCAGCCGGGGCUGGAGGGUGGCCGCGCCUGGUCCAGUUCGUCCACCCCGACCCUGCGCAGGAAGCGCUUCAAGAUGAAGCGGAUGAAGAAUGUGCAGGAGCAGAGCCCGGAGGUCAGCAGGUAUCAGGAGUCUCCAUCCUCCAGCAAGGAGUACCUGCAGCUCCCAUCCAUUGAAAUCACCCCCUCCAGUGAUGAGGACACUCCCUGGUCCAACUGCUCUACACCCAGUGCCUCCCCGCGGCGCAAGCGCUUCCUCCUUCGGAAGUGGCUGCGUGUGAGAGAGAAGAAGGAGUUCAGUGAGAGCAGCAGCCAGCAGAGCAGCCAGCAGAGCAGCCAUGACGAUGACUCCUGCCGCUUCCUGAGCCCUCGUGUGCCUGAGGACAGCACUGCCAGUAACUCCAACCGCAGCACGCCUGCCUGCUCGCCCAUCCUGCGCAAGCGCUCCCGCUCGCCCACGCCGCAGGACUGCCCAGCAGACGCCAUGGUGGAGAAGGGCUCAGACCACUCUUCAGACAAGUCCCCGUCCACGCCGGAGCAGGGCGUCCAGCGCAGCUGCUCCGCGCAGUCAGGCCGCAGCGGGGCCAAGAACUCCAAGAAAAGCCAGAGCUGGUAUAAUGUGUUGAGUCCAACCUACAAACAGCGGAAUGAGGACUUCAGGAAGCUCUUCAAGCAGCUCCCCGACACCGAGCGCCUCAUCGUAGAUUACUCCUGUGCCCUACAGAGAGAUAUCCUCCUGCAGGGCCGCCUCUACCUCUCUGAAAACUGGAUCUGCUUCUACAGCAACAUCUUCCGCUGGGAGACGCUGCUGACCGUUCGCUUGAAGGACAUCUGCUCCAUGACCAAGGAGAAGACAGCCAGGCUCAUUCCCAAUGCCAUCCAAGUUUGCACUGACACUGAAAAGCACUUUUUUACUUCCUUUGGGGCUCGAGACAGGACCUACAUGAUGAUGUUCAGACUCUGGCAGAAUGCUCUCCUGGACAAGCCUCUGUGUCCAAAGGAGCUCUGGCACUUUGUCCACCAGUGUUAUGGCAAUGAGCUGGGGCUGACCAGUGAUGAUGAAGACUAUGUGCCUCCUGAUGAUGACUUCAACACCAUGGGCUACUGUGAGGAAAUCCCUGUGGAAGAGAAUGAGGUCAACGACAGCUCCUCAAAAAGCAGCAUGGAGGCCAAGCCAGAAGCCAGCCCUCAGCUGCCAAAGAAAUCUGUCACUGCCAGCACCCUGACGUCCACUGGGAGCAGUGAAGCUCCAGCCUCGUUUGAUGGAGUGCUGCCAGAAGAGGAGGAGGCAGUGGCAGAGAGCCCUGUGGAAAAAGACCUUGGCAUUGCCAACAUCAUGGGAGAGAAGAUUGAGAUCAUUGGCCCUGUCAGCUCCCCCUCCCUGGACUUCAAUGACAACGAAGACAUCCCCACAGAGCUCAGUGACUCCUCAGAGACCCACGAUGAAGGGGAGGUGCAGGCCUUCUACGAGGACCUGAACGGGCGCCAGUAUGUCAAUGAGGUGUUCAACUUCAGCGUGGACAAGCUCCAUGACCUGCUCUUCACCGACUCCCACUUCCAGAGGGACUUCAUGGAGCAGCGACGCUUCUCUGAUAUUAUCUUUCACCCCUGGAAGAAGGAAGACAAUGGCAAUCAGACCAGAGUCAUCUUGUACACCAUCACCCUCACCAACCCCCUGGCCCCCAAAACUGCCACUGUCACUGAGACACAGACAAUGUACAAAGCCAGCCAGGAGAGCGAGUGCUAUGUGAUAGAUGCAGAGGUGCUAACUCACGACGUCCCCUACCAUGACUACUUCUACACCAUUAACCGCUACACCUUGACUCGUGUUGCCAGGAACAAAAGCCGACUCAGGGUUUCCACAGAGCUGCGGUACAGGAAGCAGCCCUGGGGGCUGGUGAAGUCCUUCAUCGAGAAGAACUUCUGGAGUGGCCUGGAAGAUUAUUUCCGUCACUUGGAGAGUGAGCUGACCAAAACGGAGAGCAGCUACCUGGCUGAGGUGCACAGACAAUCCCCCAAGGAGAAGGUGAGCAAGCAGGCGCCGGUGCGGCGCAGGAAGCGCACCCACACCCACCUGCGGGUGCCCCACCUGGAGGAGGUGCUCAGCCCUGUCACCACCCCCACCGACGAGGAGGUUGCUCAUCGCAUCAAGCACGUGGCAGGUUCCACUCAGACGAGGCACAUCCCUGAGGAGAGCCCCAGCGGCUUCCACCUGCAGAGUGUCUCCAAGCUGCUCCUUGUCAUCAGUUUUGUUCUGGUGCUGCUGGUCAUCCUCAACAUGAUGCUGUUCUACAAGCUCUGGAUGCUGGAGUACACAACGCAGACGCUGACAGCGUGGCAGGGCUUGAGGCUGCAGGAAAGGUUGCCCCAGUCCCAGACAGAGUGGGCCCAGCUGCUGGAGUCUCAGCAGAAGUACCACGACUCAGAGCUGCAGAAGUGGCGCGAGAUCAUCAAAUCCUCCGUCAUGCUUCUAGACCAGAUGAAGGAUUCCCUGAUCCACCUCCAGAAUGGCAUCAGGUCCCAGGAGUUCAGCUCAGACCCCGAGGAGAAACGGAAACGUUUCCACUGACAGGCAGGAACUGGAAGGAGGCCAGAGGACGGUGUGCAAUAUGUGUACAUAGGCUAUAUAAAUAUAUAUAUAUAAUAUAUAAAUAGAGACAGAGAGAGAGACAGAGAAUAUAAAUAUCUAUAUUAUAUACAGAUUUUAAGAGAAAAAAAAAAACCAACAAAAAAGAGGGGAAAAAAAAAAUCAAUCAAAAAAAAAAGACACAAAAAAAAAGGAAACUACAAAACAAAAACCUUCCAAAGCCUCCACCUGCAGAAAGAGGAAGGCUUUGGAGCUCCAGCACUGGAGCUUGGGGGUGUGUGUGUGUGUGUGUGUGUGUGUGUGCAAGGGGAGGGCUGUGCUCUUCCCAGCACUCAGGUGGUGCACCCCAGGGUUUGGGGGUGGUGGGGAGGGGGUUGUGUGCACUCCCCUGGGGUCUCUGCACCACUCCUUCUGUACUAUUCCUGUCUGUCUUGUCUGUCUGUCUGUCUGUCUUGUCUGGUUUGGGUUUGUUGUGUUCAAAGGGAAGCAUCAGAGUGAGUGCCUCUCCCCACCCCACCUCCCUCCCCCCCCCAACCCCAGCCCUGCCUGUGCAUGAAGGGCCCUGCCUGGCUCUGCCUGUGCACACAAAGGGGACACUGUCAACUGCCUCACCUUGCUGGCUUCAGGGUAGAGAGGUCUUGGCAACUGCUGUGCAUCCCUCACAAAGCAACCUCAGGUUUGGAGAGGAGGCUGCUGGAGGGCUGCAGGGAGCAGAGCUCCCUGUGCUGCCUGCAGUGCACUUUGCUGGGGGCUGGCUCAGAGCAGAGCACAGGCUGGCAGCCAGCUGGAAUGCUGCCUCCUGCUCGGGAUCCUGCAUCAAGAGCCGAGCAGGGGAGCGUUUGCCUAGGAGGUGGGGGGCUGGAGGAGGCCCCUGCAGAGAGCUCACUGCCAUUCCCUUUGACAGUGUCCCCUUUCCUUUGCCUGCACUCCUCUGCUUUCCCUCUGCUUGGGCCCCUGCCAUUAAGCCAUCCCUGUGCUGAAAAGGGGCAGCUGCCUACCUGUGUGACUUCCCAGGCUGAAGAGCUGAGUAGCCCAGCUGCAACAGGGAACCAAAACUCCCUGUUCAUCUGCAGCUGCUCAGCAGAUUUGCCUCUGAGCCCUGGUCUGAGAGACUACCUAAAGCUCACCUUAGCUUAUAAACUUGGUGGGGAAACAUUAGGGAGAAACAAGACCAAGCUCCUUCCCUUCACUGGGCUAUGUACAUCACAUGUGUCUGUAGAAACAGGUUGUUAUGUACAUAGAAAGACAGGGAGAGAGAUGUGGAGACCCCAGUGAAGGCUACAGACUGCCAUCUCUGUAGCAACAAGGCCUCUGGAAGUUGUAGGAGAGGGUAGGAAGGGUCAUGGGGACAGGAAAAGGAAAGGGAAAAAAAAGAGAAAGAAAAAGAAGAAGAAAAAGACAAAAGGAAAGGACCAUCAGGGGCUGGCAGGAUAGAUCUUGAGGGGUGUCCCCAGGCUGAGGCCUCUGGCUGGUCUGGGUAGCAAAGGGUUUGCUCUGGUAGCAGGUCAUCAGGUGGUGGAGCUGCAUGAAGCAGCCAGUUUGCAGUUUUGUUUCUUCUGGAGGCUAAUUCCAGGCUCCUCUCAGCAGCCACUUGAGGGAAAGGGGCAAGGAGGCUGCACUGUGCAGUGCACCAAGCGCCCCUGGGACUGGCUGGGGGGCAGAGUGGUCGAUAAGUGCUCUCUUUGCCCAGCCCUGUGGUACAGCAGGCCCUCAUCUCCACCUUGGUCAGCACCAGGGUUUUCCCCACCUGGUGAAGGGCAGGAGGGAGUUAGCUGCACCUCCCUCAUGUGCAGAUGGUGCCCUUCUGGCUGCUCUUGUCCCCCUCCAGCUCCUCUUGUCCCUAGCUCCAGCGGGUGCUGAAAGAGCAGGGCGCAGAAGGCUGAGUCCUGCUCCAGAAACUCUCACCUGCACAGCUGGCUGACAAGAAGUGGAGUCAGGAGAGCCCUCCCCAGCUGCCCCCUGGUGCAAGCAUCCCAGUCAGGGCAGGGAGGUGUGUGUGGGAGCAGCCUGCUGACUCCCCCAGCCCAUGAGUGCGAUGGCUAAGGGCUCGCCCCAAGACAUCCAAGCUUUGGAGGAGUGGGGAUGAAGAGGAGGUCUCAAAAAGACCUUGAGGAGUGUGCAAGGCAGGCAGAGCAGAGCCACCCACACCUCCCUGGUGUCUAUUUCUGACUGUUUCUUGAAUGUAGUGCUGCUGACUACUGUACUGCUCCCUGGCUGCUGGCCAGGGAGCCUGCUGGAAUGGCUGCUGCACAGUGGAGCUGAGGUGCUAGUGCCUGGGUAGGGCAUUCUGCAGCUCACCUGGGGACAGAAGGGCCCCAGCUGUGAACUUGCCACACUGGCUGAGAGUCCUCUGCCCUUUUACUCACCCCUGCAGUUGGUAAGCACAGAACAAUCCCCUGCUGCCCACCUUCCCCUGUUCUAGAAUGUUCAUUCCAAGCACCAAGGAGAGAAGGCAGAGAGGGAGCCCUGUGCUUGCCACCUUGCCCAUGCCAGGAGAGAAAAAGGCAAUGUCUUGAGAGAGAAACCUGCCAUGUUGGGGUGGUCUCUGCUACCUGCCUGGGAGGGCUUUGUACCUAGGAGGACAUGAGCCACUGAGAGGCAGAGAAGCCCACCUGUGCUGUGCUGUGCUGUCCAGAAGGGUCAGGAGUAACUGCUGGUGCUCAGGCUUGGCCUCCUUACCAGUUUCACCUUCUCUUGCUAGUAGUGGAGGCAAGAACUCCACUGGCUCAUGGGUGAAGCACUCUUGCAGUAGGUUCUUGCUGAGGAAGCAUCCUUGGGCUUGGCAGGAGCUCUGCUGAGUCAGUGCAAGGCCAUGUCCAGGCAGCUCUGCCAGCCUGAAGCCCCAGGGUUCCUUCUGCCCACUCUGGUUUGAACUGGGUGUAAGGUGGCUGGCAUGUACCCUGGCACACAGCUGCCCACAGUCCUGCAAGGGCCACAGGGGUGGUGGUCAGCAGACAGAGCCUUUGGCCCUUCAGUCCAGGAAGGUUUCACUUUGGUUCUCAGUCACUGACUUUAGCCCUUCAGACCAGGAAGGUUCCACUUUGGUUCUCAGUCACUGACUUUAGCCCUUCAAACCAGGAAGGUUUCACUUUGGUUCUCAGUCACUGACUUUGCCCCUUCAGUCCAGGAAGGUUUCACUUUGGUUCUCAGUCACUGACUUUGCCCCUUCAGACCAGGAAGGUUUCACUUUGGUUCUCAGUCACUGACUUUGCCCCUUCAGUCCAGGAAGGUUUCUGGUUCUCAGUCACUGACUUUAGCCCUUCAGACCAGGAAGGUUUCACUUUGGUUCUCAGUCACUGACUUUGCCCCUUCAAACCAGGAAGGUUUCACUUUGGUUCUCAGUCACUGACUUUAGCCCUUCAGACCAGGAAGGUUUCACUUUGGUUCUCAGUCACUGACUUUAGCCCUUCAAACCAGGAAGGUUUCACUUUGGUUCUCAGUCACUGACUUUAGCCCUUCAGACCAGGAAGGUUUCACUUUGGUUCUCAGUCACUGACUUAGCCCUUCAGACCAGGAAGGUUCCACUUUGGUUCUCAGUCACUGACUUUAGCCCUUCAGACCAGGAAGGUUUCACUUUGGUUCUCAGUCACUGACUUUAGCCCUUCAGUCCAGGAAGGUUUCACUUUGGUUCUCAGUCACUGACUU